AUGGAUCCUGCAAGCAUUGCUGGUCUCGUGGGAACUUGCGUGGCGAUUGGAUCUAGUGCGACGGGAUUCAUCAAAGGUCUCAACGACUUAAAAACUCGAUAUAAAGACGUCCAGAUCAAUUCACACGCUCUUAUAACCCAGACAGCAGCAGUGCGAAGUGCAGUGAGCAGCAUCCAGAGAUGGCUCGCCCGGAAUGGAUCCCACUUGGGCAGAAAGGAGAGAAAGAGUGUCCGUGAUUCGUUGGAAGCUUGUGGGAUCAUCAUUCAUUCAAUGCUGGAGGGUGUGCGAGAGGUACUUGGAGAGCGCUCUAGAGGCUCGACACGAUGGAAGUUCUGGGAUAGGGUCAAGUUUCUCUGGGAACAGGAUCAGAUGGAUCAAUACGCGGUGCGCCUCGAUCAUCAAGUUGCAGCCCUGUCGCUACACCUCCAAGCUUUGCAUCUUCCUGAAGGCAGAGCUAUUAUUCGAAACGGACUCGCUGCAGCCUCCUCGAUUGCCGAAUCGCUACAUUCAGGCUCGGCAGCCAGCCUGAUACGCUCAAAUCAACCCUUGGUCGAUCGUGAGCGCGAGCCUUUCGCGCUUGGUGCAUUGACUGCCAAAAAUCUGGCAGUUGUUGAACAAGAAGAUUCGGAAUCGCCCGGAAGUGGGAACGCUGGCCCGAGCAACGAGGUCGAUGAAGCUACACUACAGCAUGGGAAGAAGGAAGACAAGGGGAAACAACGCGAGGUUGCGCCUGAAUCGAUCCUCCUAGGGCGUGCUAAGUCCCAGGACACUAGUGACAUUCGGUCCGCUCUAGAUGAGAUCAGAACCGUAAUAGCAGACUCCGCAGCCGGGGAGUCAUCGAAAAAACGGGUCAAGACGACUCUGGAGCGUCUUACAGAUCUCAUGAAAAACAUAGGACGAAUGCUCAGGAAUCCCACCAAUCGAUCUACCUCAGAGAUCUCGGAUCUGGACCAAGAGGCAAACGACCUGUUUGCAGAACUAGCAGAGAUCUUGCGCAAUCUAGAAGACGAUGCCGAAGAAGCUAUAUUUUCUGCCCUUGCAAAAAAAGACCUCGCGGAAGUCAAUCGACUUCUGGAAAAUGAGGCCGACGUUCAGGCAGUCAACGAGUUCGGACAAUCUGCACUUCACGUUGCCGUACAAGAACGAAUUUUUGCACGAGAAGACAAAAUUGUAGUCGUCGAGGCCUUGGUUCGUAAAGGCGGCCAGCUCGAAGCACUAGACCUGAAGGGAAGAACGGUCAUGCACGCUAUCGAUUUCGAAAAUAGCUUCGUAGACGCAAAUGGUGUCUUGGACAUGGUAGAUUGUCUGCUGAAGUUGGGAGCAGACCCAGAAGCGAACCUUGAGAAGGAGGGGACCAUCCUGCACAGGGCAACUUACUGGAGUCAUUUGGCAACCACGGAGUUAUUGUUGAUUCAUGGAGUCGACAUUGAAGCAAGAUCACAACCCUGGCUGGAGACGCCUUUGCAUCUUGCCUGUAUCUCCCAGCGGCCAGCAACAACGAUAAUUUUGAAACGACUGCUGAAAGCGGGAGCCGACACGAGUGCGAGAACAAAGGAAGGAAAGAGUGCACUAAGCCUGGCAUGCUCUGGUCUAGUGAAGAAGGAGAAAGCACUCAAGGAUCUAGAAGUGCCUGAGGAGCGUUUGAUGUCGGCAAUAUAUCGUCCUUGCCUUUAUCUUCGAAACUACCUCAAUAAGAUUCUUACUCUGCUUGAAUAUACCGACACGGAUCGCAUUAGCAUCGACUCACGUGAUGUUCGCAAAACGUUCGUUUUCAGAAAUAUCCAGAAUUGGGACCGUCUUUCGCGAGAUUAUCUACGAUAUGAGCUCGAGGAUCAGCGGGUUUUUGCGUUGCUGAGUUCGGAUGAAGAGCUUUAUCACGCUGUCCGAGAUUUCUACCAAGGCGGGAAACCAAAAACUGUAAUAAACAGCACUGAACUUCUGGAUUCUGGAGGCAAGAACGCGAGCAGUGUACCUCAAAGCACUAAGUGA